AUGGAAGACGCAAAAAGGAGAGCUUUAAUUAAAUCUCAAGCCGUCAAGAAGAAGGAAUCCGGCGAGGUGGUACCUAGGGUGUCGGCUUCAGCCCCGAAGAGGAAACCGACAUCAAAAUCUGACCAUCCGUUUAAGCAACCAAAGGUCUCUCUUGAACCUGUGGUUGGUUUGAUGGCUGAGGGUACCAAGACCGUCACCCCAGCCAAGCAUGGGACGGGAAAAGGAUUCAUGAUGGCCCCAGACUCUAAGCAAGAGAAACCUCCUUCCCUCUUCCGUGACGACUCCAAGUAUGCAUUGGAGAAGCUGUCAUCUAUUAUCACGGCGGAAGACUAUGAGGAUCUUGGAAACCACUCGACGGAGGCCAUGGGGGAGACGGGCCUCUUUGCCGUUGCUCAGUCCUUGGUCAUGAUGAAGGGAUUACUGGACCGGUGUCUCAAUCGUGAGAGUACUUUGGACCGGGUGCGUGCAAAGGCGGAGCAGACGGAGGAAGAGCUUGGUCAACUCCAUAAAUGGAGGUCCAAUAUGGAGAAGAAGCUGGAGCUUUCUGAGAAGGCAAGGAAAGAGCUGGAGGAGAAGACGGUCGAAGCGUUGACGGUUAUAGAGAAGAAGGAGGCGGAGAUUAAAGAACUGAAGGAAGAGAUCCGUCAUGUGAAAGAGGUAGCCGUCAAGGAGUACCGCGACUCGGACUCCUUGUUGGGCGAGCUGGCGGACUCUUUCCUUCAAGGCUUCGACGACUCUCUCCGUCAGGUCAAGAAGGCCUACCCCGAGCUGGAUUUGUCAAUGGUCAAAGUUGACGACCAAGGCCAGACUUCUGCCCUCCCCGUCGCUUCUGAAAAUAUGGAGGACCUUUUGGGCGAAGACGCUGUUCAGGGCGACGGAGAAUCCGUCCUGUCGAAGGAUAUUCAAGUUGCUGAGCCAAAGAAAGUGGAUUAA